GCCCUGGCAUUUCUGUGUUAGCUGGAGCGCCGUCUGUGUUGCAUCAGCACCGCCAAGUUCAUCAUGCGGUGAUCCCUCAUGGAAAGAGUCGACGAUCCUCUGUUAGUGGCAUCGUGGCCACUGUCUUUGGGGCUACAGGUUUCCUGGGACGCUAUGUUGUCAACCGUUUAGGUCGCAUUGGAUCUCAAGUGAUCAUACCCUAUCGCUGUGAUCAGUAUGACCUCAUGUAUCUGCGACCAAUGGGUGACCUGGGGCAACUGCUCUUCCUCGAGUGGGAUUGUAAGGACAAAGACUCUAUCCGAAGAGCCGUGGAGCACAGCAAUGUGGUCAUUAAUCUUGUUGGAAAGGAAUGGGAAACAAAAAACUUCAGUUUUGAAGAUGUAUUUGUAAAUAUUCCGAAAAGUAUUGCGCAGAUAACUAGGGAAGCUGGUGUGGAAACAUUCAUUCACGUCUCUCACCUGAAUGCUAGCAUGAAGAGUCCUUCCAAAUACCUCAGGAGUAAAGCUGUUGGAGAGAAAGCAGUGAGGGAAGAAUUUCCAGAUGCUAUAAUUCUGAAGCCCUCUGAGAUGUUUGGGAGAGAAGACCGAUUUCUCAAUCAUUAUGCAAACAUGCGCUCGUUUGGUGGUGUGCCUCUUAUUUCUCUGGGAAAAAAAACAGUGAAGCAACCCGUAUAC